AUGCUUCUGAACCCGUUCCGACCAUGCGAGGGCUCGCCAGCCUUCCAAGAGGAAUAUCGGGGCAGCUACGUACCAAAGGUGAUCGACACAGGAGAUGGUCUCCAGGUUGUGGCGCCGGAUACUCCAUAUGUGGCAGCGGCCGGUCCAGACAAGUUAUACUUCAUCGACACCCGGUUCGAUCCUGAGACUGCAGAGAAUAUAAAGAAACAUAUUGAGAAGGCAACUGUGCCGAGCCCGGAGGAAUACGUCGCCAUAGACGAGGUUUUAGCUACGGCGGAAAUCAAAAACUCGGUGACCGGCGAAACGACUUUCGUGUUUGACCCGCCUUAUGCCAAGGUGUCGUUUGCGAGGGGAAUGAACAGGCACAACCCGGAGCUCAAGCUGCCUGAGUAUGAGCCCGCUGGCGAUUGGUUGGUGACCUACGACCUGGACAGUAUACUUGCGACGCGAGGCUGA